AUGGGAAUCAAAAAAUUUCAGAAUGAUGAUUGUGAAACGUUUCUUCGAGUUUGUCGGAAUUCUCUAGGUGAAUUAUAUUUAAUAAAGGGAGAAAAAGGCGAGAAAGGCAACACUGGUUACGACGGAACAACGGGUAAUCCGGGACAAGUUGGACCGCAGGGAGCUCCAGGCAAUCGUGGACCGACUGGGCCCAGAGGACCAAAAGGAGACGAAGGACUUCCGGGUCUUAGAGGUUUACCUGGAGAGCGAGGACCACAAGGAGGGCAAGGAAGACCUGGUCUGCCUGGAUUGAGAGGUGCUAAAGGAGAUCAAGGGUUACAGGGACUUCUGGGAUUUCCUGGCGAAACUGGAGGCAAAGGUCCUCGAGGAGAAAAGGGUACUAAAGGUGAUGAAGGACCUCGGGGCUUAGAGGGUCCUGUUGGACGUCACGGACCACCGGGUCCCUAUGGACCUAAGGGAAACAAGGGUGACCGGGGACUGAGCGGCUCCAAUGGCUGGCCAGGUGAUAAAGGAGAUGUCGGGGAGAAAGGGGAAAGAGGAUACCCUGGGUACCCAGGACCAAUUGGACGACGAGGACCCAAGGGGGAAAAGGGCCAAUGUCAAGUAUUCACUUCAAACUUGGAAAAUUUAAAAAUGGAGAGAGACGCUACCAAUCGUCCAGUGCGCACUCCACAAAGGAAUACAUACGAGGAAAUGUCAGAUGCUAGAGGACUGAGUGCCAGAACAAAGCCAUACGUGAUAAAUAUUUAUAUAAUGGUGUAUUCAUUGCUUUUCUCCUAUGCAGUGUGCUGACAUUAAUCUCGAUAACCUUACCUAUGGAAGAUUUGUAAAACAGGAACGGUGGCGUGGGAUCCUUCAAUGUUACCAGUAUUGAUGAUGAUUCCUUUGUGCUCCGUCUGCUGACAUAAAAACAAACACUACGAAUAAUUUAAAAAACCUAAGCGUAUUUUUUUUAUUGGUUCAUGAUCAGACGUCAUUUUUGCCAAAAUAUACACGUUAAAUGCGUAUUUCCCUUCUGCUUUCACAUAACACUUGUAAAAUGUUAAGUAUUGUGAACACCCGUCGGACGCUUGUAUUGUCAGUGUGUAAGGCUUUUUACCUACAAUCAGACAUUUCCAUGCUGUGUUUUGAUCUCAGAUGGACGUUUUAUGGAUGCGGAAAAUUUUGAAACGUGCGUGUCGUGUGAAACUUUCAAUCUAUUACUAUCCGUGAUUCCAUUGAGUGCAUGUAUUCUAGAGAAAUAAAUCUGAGUAUAUAAUGAGUAUAUAUUUAAAAAGACACAUGAUUUACAAAGAAAAAUGAAAUACACUACAAGAGAUGGUGAAUUUUUAAUUUAUUUUCCAGGGAAUUGAUUUGACAAAAAUAUAAAUAGUAAAAGUGGAAUUUCAGA